AUUCAGGAGGCGGGCGCUGCUCUUUGGCGCGUGGAGUUGCGCGGCUCGCGGUCGUAUGUGAGCGUCGAUAAACAAACGUCCAAGAGGUGUUUGUGUUUACUUGGUGAAUGAAUAAGAGUUCAGCAUGGCGGGAGUCAUCCGCAGACUCGACGAGACUGUAGUGAACCGUAUCGCUGCAGGAGAAAUCAUCCAGCGGCCUGCCAACGCCAUUAAAGAGAUGAUGGAGAACUGUCUAGAUGCGAAGGCUACAAAUAUUCAGAUAACUGUAAAAGAGGGUGGAUUGAAGCUCAUCCUCAUCCAGGACAAUGGCACUGGCAUCAGGAAAGAAGAUAUGGAAAUAGUUUGUGAACGUUUUACAACCAGUAAACUUCAGACUUUUGAGGAUCUGUCAUCAAUCGCGACAUAUGGAUUCAGAGGAGAGGCUCUCGCCAGUGUAAGUCAUGUAGCCCAUGUCACAAUAACCACCAAAACAGCUGAUGCAAAAUGUGCCUACAGGGCCAGUUAUUGUGAUGGAAAGCUGAAGUCUUCACCCAAGCCCUGCGCUGGAAACCAGGGCACAUUGAUUUCUGUAGAGGAUCUGUUCUAUAAUGUGUCUACUCGACGGAAAGCUUUGAAAAGCCCCAGUGAGGAAUAUUCUAGAAUCAUUGAGGUUGUAAGCAGAUAUGCCAUUCACAACUCUGGGAAAAGUUUUGCAGUUAAGAAGCAAGGCGAAAUGGUCGCAGAUGUGAAGACCCUUCCUAAUGCCUCUGUGCUGGACAACAUUCGUGUGGUGUUUGGAGUGGCUGUUAGCAGGGAGCUGAUAGAAGUGGGGUGUGAAGACCAGAAACUUGCUUUUAAACUGAAAGGCUACAUCUCCAAUGCCAAUUACUCUGUCAAGAAAUGCAUCCUUAUCCUUUUCAUCAACCAUCGGUUGGUGGAGUCUAGUGCCUUAAAGAAAGCUAUUGAGACUGUUUACACUGCAUAUCUUCCCAAAAACACUCACCCCUUUCUUUAUUUAAGUUUGGAGAUCGCUCCUCAAAACAUUGACGUGAACGUUCACCCUACUAAGCACGAGGUGCAUUUCCUGCAUGAGGACUGCAUCAUCGAGAGCGUUCAGAAACACAUCGAGAGCAAACUUCUCGGAUCAAAUUCCUCACGCACAUACUUCACACAGACACUGCUUCCAGGACUGUCAGUGUCCACCAGCACUGUGAAAGCCUCAGGUUCUUCAGCAGAUUCCCAGGAGCAUGUAUACGCCCACCAGAUGGUCCGCACUGACAGCAAAGCCCAGAAACUGGAUGCUUUUCUCCAGCCGUCGGCCUCCACCAGUACUGCUGCCCAGAGUAAGCUAGAGAAAGUAUCCAGCCCUCCAACUGCUGCUCAGAGUUCAACCCAGCCAGAUGACACAGUAUUGCUGAAUGCUAUGGAUGUUCUGGAGCAGUGUGUCACUGAAGAUCCACAGAUAGACACUCAACAUCCCCCUGAUGAUGCACCACCCAGGAAAAGGCCUCAUGUUGACGAAGUAAAGGAGGAUUUGACAGCCGCUUCUCUGCCCAGGAGACGUGUCAUUAAACUGACCAGCAUAAAGGAACUUCGGGAGAAUAUUGAGCAAAAGACUCAAAAAGGUUUACAGGAGCUGCUACAGAAUCACUCGUUUGUGGGCUCUGUCAGUCCUCAGUGGACUCUAGUGCAGCACCAGACAAAACUCUACCUACUAAACACAACCAAACUCAGUCAGGAGCUGUUUUACCAAAUUUUGAUCUACGAUUUUGGUAACUUUGGAGUCCUUCGAUUGUCGAAUCCUGCUCCGCUGUAUGACUUGGCCAUUUUGGCUCUGGAUUCAGAAGAGAGUGGAUGGACAGAGGAGGACGGCCCAAAAGAAGGACUGGCCCAGUAUAUUGUGGAUUUCCUGAGGCAGAAAGCUGAAAUGCUGGAAGAGUACUUUUCCCUGGAAAUUGAUGGAGAAGGGAAUUUGACUGGGCUACCGAUGCUGCUCGACAAUUACACUCCUGCCAUGGAGGGACUUCCAAUGUUCAUUCUGCGUUUAGCCACCGAGGUGAACUGGGAUCGAGAGAAGGAUUGUUUCCAUGACUUCAGUGUAGAAUGCAGCCACUUCUAUUCCAUAAGGAAACGGUACACACUGGAGCCAGAUGCAGAAGAGCCUCAGGAUGUGGAGACAAGGUGGCAGUGGAAGGUGGAACACAUAAUUUUCAAAGCUCUUCGCACUCUCUUCAGUCCUCCAAAACACUUCAGUGAAGAUGGCAGCGUUCUCCAAAUUGCCAGUCUGCCUGAACUCUACAAAGUGUUUGAAAGAUGCUAAAACACAGUACAUUGUUGUUCUGUUUUGUAAUGCCAAUGGUAUACUAACAUAAAUGUCUGUCUGGAUUAAAAUGUACUUUCAUUUUAAACAGACUGUCAUCCCGUCACAGUGCAGCUCUCCGUUGACCAGCUAAUAUUAACCUGUGGAUUUGUUUAAAUUGGUACUCCAGAUAAAAAAAGUUACUGUGUCUGACUGUUUUUGGAAAUUAUUAAACACAAACAUUUUCAUA